CUCGAGUACUCGCACACUCGCCGCACGUGCAUGUAGGAUCGUAGACAGACCACAGCCUAUAGAACAAAAACUAGUUUAAAUUUGUGAUAAACAAUUUGCGUUUGCCAUUCGUUUGAAAUGGCGAGCACCACGUUGGCGGAACAGCUGAAUAAGCUGAAAACUCCGCAAACCUCCUUGUUGCUGCAAGACAAGUACAAGCCAAGUUUGCUGUUCGAUACAAAAGAAGCAUCCAAGUUGGAUAAAGAUGCUGUCUAUAAAAUUGGUGUUAGUGGUUUGAAUGAACUUAUCAAAUUCAAUGAGCAAUUUGAGGAAUUUAGCAAGACGCUAUUUUCCAUUGCCUCUAUUGGCUUUGAGCGUUCAGUUCAGGACAGAAAAACCAAUAGUAAAUUAAAUUCUGAUAUUGAAAGAUUUCUUGUUUUAAUAUCACCACAUUUUAUAUUGAAUUCUGCUCAUAAGGCAUUAGAAUGGCUCAUACACAGAUUUCAUAUUCAUGAUUUUAACAAAGAUCACUUUAUAAUGAUGAUCUUGCCCCAUCACGACAGACGGAUAUUUGUCAGGGCACUUCAAAUUAUUAAUUUAUCAGACCCAGCAGACAAAUGGGGUUGGUUAAGACCAUUAAAAAAAACAAGAACUCCUUUACCAUUUGCUUCAUUAGUGCACGAAGUAUCUACAAACAAUGGCUUACUUAAACAAAUUUGCGAAUAUGUCAUUUUUGCCACUAUGACAUAUGGAGAGAAAGCUGACAAUUUGAGAACAAUGUACUCUUUCUUCACUUCAGUUAUCAUAAUGACUGUUGACAGAUCAGAUAUUACAGAUGUACAAUUUAACCAUAUAUUACCAGCAUUAGUGAAAGGCCUAGGAAGUCAGGUAUCAGAUUUUGCUGCUAGUUCUUACAUGAUUUUAAGCAAACUUAUUACUAAAGUCACUAUUAGAGAUGAAACUAUGGAUUUACUUAUCUUAAAAGGUAUAAAAAAAGUUCAUCCAGAUCUUCAUAAAGAAAUUGUGCUUCUUAUGUUGCAUUUGUAUAAUAAUCCAUUUAAUUGUUUAUCAAGAGUUUCUGAAACUUUAAUGGUGAAGUUAUCAAAAAAAACUUGGUUUGUUGAAACUAUUGUGGAGGUAAAAAAUUUAGGAGUCAAUAUUAUUGAUUUCAUGAAUACAUUUUUGGAGACAGCUUUCAACUAUAUUGCAAAAUCUUCUGGAGAUGAAGAAGAAUCUGGAUUAGAAUUAGUUACAAGAAUUAAAAGUGUAGUUGAAGAUAUUUUUGAUAAAAUUAAUUUUGAUGAUAAAGAAAUAUUGUCAAUUUUAGAAAAUACUUUAUCAGAAGAUGUUGUCUCUAUGAAAAAUGCUAAAGUUACUAGAGACUUUUUUGAUAAAAUUUACAAAUCAAUUGAGAUUAGGUAUCCAAAGGCAUUUGACAAAUUCUUACAAGAUAAGAUGAAUCCUGAAGAGUCUAGUGCACAAUCAAGGAAUAUUUUACGAUUUUUCAUUUCUUGGUAUUCAAAAGCUGAUGAUUCUUUAGAUGUAUUCAUUGGGUUGAACCAUAAUAUUCCUGAAAAGAGAUUGAUGGCCAUUCAGCAUUUGGGCAAGAAGAAUCCUGAAAUUCCAGAUAAUCUUAGUGAUAUAGUCAAAAACUCUCUUAUGGCUAGGCUUAAUGAUGAUGAUGACAGAGUGGUAAAUGCUGUUAUAAAUUUACCAAUAAGUCUCCUUCAGAGUACAUUUGAUAUUGAUAUUUUGAAAACUCAGUUAAUUGUUCUUCUAUCCAAAUGCCAUAUAAAAGAAAGAAAAUUUUUGGUUAAACCAGCUCUGAAAGUUUUGAUCCAUCUUUGUGUUGAGAAACAAGAUGAAAAACAAGAUACUUUUGUAUUCUUAGUGGUUUUGCCUUACUUGUUUCCUAUCAAAGAAGAGGAUGUAGAUAUUUCUCUAGAAAUUUUAAAAUCAGAUUUAGCCAAGAAAAAUCCAUAUUUAAAGGCUGUAGCAGAAGAAGUAAAAAGUACUCCCAGUUCUGAAACUUUGAGAACAGCAGCAUUUCACUACAUUCUGAGAUCAGAGUUACUACCAUCAGCAUCUAAUAUUUUGUUAGCAAUUAAAGAAGAGUUGUAUGAACCAGAUGCAGCAUCAGUUUUCUUUAACAUGAUUACUUUGGGAUCAGUAUGCAGAGUUCCAUCUGAAUCACUUUCUGACCAAACAGCAAUAAAAGCUAUAGAAAUGGCUGAAGAAAUGGUGAAAAAGUAUCCUAAUAUAAAGCCUUUGAAAAAUGCCACUCAAAUUAAUGCAGAAAAUCUUGAUGCCGCUAUUAUUUAUUUGGAAAAAGGAUACGUACCUCUACAAGUGAUAACAUAUGUUUUAGAACAAGUGCAUAGGCGAUUAAAGUCAGAUUAUUAUAAAAAUUAUUCAUUUGAUUUUGAAGAUGAUUCUAAUUGUAGUCAAUUAGUUCUUAGAAUUGUAGAGAUUGUUUUUGAUGCAAUGAUUCCUCGACAUAGAUCAAACCAUGCUGAAUUUGUAGCACAUUACGAAUGGUAUUUAUCAAUUUUCUUUGAAAUACAUUUCAAAGAUGUAAUAGAACGAGUUCGAUUUUUAUCGCAAUUAUUCAUCUCGCCAAUGAAAAUUCAAACAUCUUUAUGUUCCAUGAAAUAUUGUUUGAAAUUUUUAGAUGACUGCGACUCUUAUCAAUGGGCUUUUAGUGACAAUAUUUUAAUGACUCAUUUGUUGCUAGUACUUGGCAGUGAACAUGAACAAUGCAGAGAAAGUGCAAUGACUUUAUUGAAGAAACUUUCUCAAACAUUUAAUAUUGCCAUGGAAGGAUUUUCAGUAUUGAUUUCUGAAUUGAUUAAUCGUAAAGUGGAAAUUACAAUGGAUCCUGAACAACUUCCUCUUGUUUUGUAUACACUUUUAUCUCCUGAUCCAGAUGUGAUUGAUAAUUUAAGACCUAGUAUACAGAAGAAAAUGCAAACAAUAAGAGAGAUAUUUAUAAAUGAGGUAUUAAACAAAGAAGUACCAAUGCACAUUCGAGCUCAACUGCUAGAAACUCUUACAUACGUAAAUGGACCUGCGAUUCUUGAAAAACUGGUGCCUUUGGGAUCAGAAUUAUUGGAACAAAAAGAUCUGGAAAAAAAAUCUUGGUCGCAGUUAGCAUUGAAGAAUAUCAUUCAAAGAUUUGACAAUACCACGGUAGAGUCACUCAAGAACAGCAAAGUUUUUGACUUUUUCCUAAAGUGUAUCUCCGAUGAUAAAACACAGAUUUCUGCCAAGAAUGUUUCACUAUUUGUCAGUGUCAUCGCCAUGAAACAAAUCGACGAAGUCUUUUUCGAUAAACUCGGCGAAAUCUCACCGAGCGUCCAGAAGGAGAUACUGUCGAAACUCAUCGACGUGUUCAUCGAUUGCAACGCCGCACCCAUCAUAAACGCCAUUACGAAGUCAGUGAAGAAAAUCAGGAUCGACGCCCAAUUCGUCGUGGACGAGCUCAAGAUCAUGCUGACGCCCGACGAAAACGAGUCCCAAGCGGCCAACUCGACGCUGAAAAAACGACGAAGCCUCGCCAGGAUGAGAUAUCAGUUCGACUCGAAGGUCGUCGAAACAAAGAAAUGGAAAAGAGGAAUCACAUUGAUGGAAUUCGUGCAAUUCUCGCAGAAGAACAUGGAGAAUAAGCAGCUCUUGGCGCCCGUGCUCUUUGACGUGUUGAAAACGACUCUUUGCUUCGACGAGCAGAGCCCCGUCGAGUACAUCAAUCAAUUGGUACUGUCGACCAUCCACCAUCUGGCCGUGGAAUCCAUUCACUUUGAGAAUCCUGACGCAAAGGUCGACAUUAUAUCCCAGUGCAUCAGAACAUCGCAGAACCCGCAGACUCAUCAUCACGCCCUGUUGGUGCUGGUCGAACUGAUCAAACUUGCCAACGUCCGAGUGGCGCUGCAAAACCUCAUGCCCAUCUUCACGUUCAUGGGCAGCACCGUACUGCGCCAGGACGACGCCUACUCGAUUCAGGUCAUCUGCAAGACCAUCGACACCGUCGUGCCGAUCAUCAGUUCCAGCAACAACACCAGCCACAUCUGCGAGCUUCUGCGACUGUUCAUCACGUCGUUGCCGGACAUCCCCGAGCACAGACGCGAUCCGCUGUUCACGAAGCUUCUCUUCUUGCUGGAGGAUCAUCUGCACCUCUACUACCUGCUGACCUUCGAGAAUAACGUGUACUCGAAGAAGACCUCGCAGUCGUCGACCUCCGAGCCGGACUCGGAGAGGAUGGACUUUGCCCUGACGAUAUCGCACAAAUUUCCCGUUGACAAGAUCAUGGACGUUGCCGUGAAACUGAUGCAGUUCGCGACCAAGCUACCGGCCGAGGUCGACGACAAGGACAAGAGCAAGUGCAACGCAGCGGUCAAGCACAUCAUCGACAUGAAGAACACCACGGCCAAACAGCUGCGCCACUACAAGUACACGCUGGUCCAGUUCUUGGCCAAGCUGCUGUCCAACACCGAGUUCGUCAAUCGCAUCGCCGAACUGCCCGAGGAGGAGAUGCUCCAGCUGAAUCCCUACUACGACGACAUCAUCGUCGAGCUGGUCAUUUGCAUCAAGACGACGUCCAAGCACGCUCACUUGAAUCGCGACAAGCCCAACGGCAAGUACUGGAAGGUACUGCUCAACGGCUUCUACGACGUGCUCGACCAAGUGAACUACUUGCUGCCCAACGACAUGUUCACCACCAGCAUUGCCAGUUUGAUCAAUCACGAGUCGCUCGUGGUCAAGCACAAGAUCUUCGACCUUCUCAACGCUCGAUUGGUCCAGAAGAAAUUCAACGAGGACGAUUACGACAGCUUGGUGUACCUCAUGCAGCCCAUCAAAGCCGUCUUCGAGGAAAAUCAGAAAUCCCCGAGCCCCGAAAUGGAGCACAUUCAGCAGACGGCUUUGAUCUCGCUGAAGCUGUUGGCCAAACUCUUGGCUGGCAAACAUCCGGAAGACUUCAAAUCGGUCCUGGAGUUAACGACGAACCUCGUGAAAAAGCGCGAGGGCGGUGUGCGCGCCAGCGCGGUACUCUGCCUCGCCGAGCUCUGCAGUUCCAUGCGCGUCCACGCCAUUCAGGCUCUCAACAAAUUCAUGCCGGCUCUCAUCAAACUUCUGAACGCGUACCCGCACGUAGAGGUACCCGACGCCACGACCGUCAAUUUGGUCUACGCCCUGCAGAAGAUCGUCGAGUCGAUCGGCAACUUUUUGUCCAUGUAUCUGGACCAGUUGCUGUCGGGCCUGUCGAAGCUCAGCAACUUCUAUGCCCGGAGCGAGCACGCCAAGAGCGCCAUGCUCAUCACCCGACUGCGAGCCACCACUCAAAAGCUCUCCAGCUCCACUCCUCUGAGAGUCCUGCUGCCAGCUGCCGAAAAAACUUACAACAAAAUGCUCGAAGCCAAGAAUUACCAGCACGUGCCAGCUUUGAUGACGAUCUUGGCCGAGUCCUUCGGCUCCGUGAAAAAUACCGAGCUCUCCCACGCGGUCCCCGACCUAACCAACUUCUUCCUCAAGGUGCUGCAAUUCCGCGAGGAGGUAACGGUCAACGACAGUGACAUGGAUGUCGACGGUGAGGUGACGCUCGCCGACGUCACUUGCGUCGAGAAAAGCGCCAGCCAAGCCGUCGUCGCUCUGGUGCUGAAACUGAGCGAGGCCACCUUCCGUCCCUUGUACUACAGACUCUACGAUUGGGCCGCCAGGAAUCCUCAAUUCAAGCAGAGAAACAUCACUUUCUACAGAUUGUCGGCCAACAUCGCCGAGUCCCUCAAGUCUCUCUUCGUCCUGUUCGCCGGCGCCAUUGUCAAGCACGUGUCUAACUUGCUCACGGCCAACAAUGUGCUGACCAGCAGCGAGGAAAAGAGCGAGGCCACCCUGGACGACGAGGCCAGCCAAAUGGAGCUCAUACAGGAAAUACUGCUGACUUUGCGCCGUGUGUUCACCUACGACGGCCACGACUUCGUCAACCAGGAGCGAUUCGACAUACUCAUGCAGCCGAUCGUCGACCAGAUCGAGAACACCCUCGGCAGCCGAGAGCAGUACGAGGCCCGCAUGAAGGAGUACUUGGUGCCGUGUAUCGCCGCCUUUGCCAAUGCCACACCUGACGACUCUCUGCACAAGCAGCUCACCUACCAGAUUUUGCUCAAGACUAGAAAUACUAAUCCAUUGGUUCGCAACACAGCUCUCAAUGCUAUGGUUGAAAUUCUUAAAAAGCUUGAGGAGGACUUCUUGCCACUAUUGCCAGAAACAGUGCCGUUCCUUGCUGAACUUCUCGAGGACGAGGAUGAGACGAUCGAAAAGAAUGCCGCAGAAGCUGUACGCGUAUUCGAAGAAGUACUUAAAGAAGAUCUACAGAAGUACUUUGAAAAGCAUUAAAUGUCAAGCAUGUUCACUAUUUAAUAUAUAAGCCUUAGUCGUAGUUUUGUACAUAAGUGUAUGUAUAUAUUGUAAAAAAAUAAGCAAUUUUUUCUAAUUUAAUUAAAUAUUUUUAUUAUUAUUUUCAAAAUUCAACGCUCCAUUUCCAUACACCGUAAUUGAAAUUAACUUUUUUGACGCUGGUUUAUGGCAUAAUCACUCGUGAUGAUCUAUGGAUUCUGUUGAAACAAACUUGAAAAAACAAUAUCACUUUUUAAUUUAAAAAUUUAAUACGUUGGUCUGGUUAAAAAAUCCAUAGGCCUAUUUGUGCUUAUAAAUUUUUCCAAAUCUUUGAUAUUUUUAAUUUUUUAUUAGCAUCGAUCUCAAAAUAUAUGAGUCAGGAAAUGUAGGUAAUUACAUGCAAACACACGAAUUUUCGUCGGAUAAUUAAAAAAGUGAAAAUAAAUUUCAAGUUACCAAAAGUGCAAGGGUUGUGAAGGUUAAUGAAGAAAAAUAAAUAAAAAUAGUUUAAGUAUUAUUGUA